AUGAAGGUACAACUACAUUCCCGUGGAGGCAUCACGAAGGAAGAGCUCCGAAUGAUGCAAGGCGCACUAGAACUACAACGCUUGAGGGUGAAGGAUGUGAUGACGCCCUUGGAUCAGGUGGCCAUGUACUCAGCUGACCAACCUCUAGAUGCCAAGACACUACAGGAUAUAGUGGAGAAGGGACACUCUCGAUUGCCGAUCUAUCAGGACCAUAAACACAAUGUGCAUGGCAUGCUGCUUGUUAAACGGUUGAUUACCUUGAAUCCUGGAGAUGAAGUUCGGAUAGGAAACACAGAUUUAUUAGAGCCUAUGAUUUGUGAUAUGGAGACCACUCUGCUAGACAUGCUUUAUGAAUUUUCGACUGGUAGGAGUCACCUAGCAGUAGCGACUAAUGAUCCGAAUAGAGUUAUCCAAGCCAUUCACGAGAACAAGCCAAUUCCAUGCAACAUUCAUAUGGCUGGGAUUAUCACACUUGAGGACGUGAUUGAGAGGUUGAUCAAACAUGAUAUACAAGAUGAGAGCGACAUAUCAGUGAUGACGCUACAGCCAGUAUUACAUCUCCCAUCCUCCAUAGGGACCAAGCUGAAGAGGGUCAUCGCCGGCGGCUGCGAAGCCUACACGUCCACCAACAUGGCAUAUUGGCAAGGAAUCUACAUCACUCAGGGUGAGUAG